AUGAUGGAUCGGACCUGGGAUUAUAAGCUGUGGAAACCUAGCAGUACCCCGCUGACCAACGGAGGAGGACGGCUGCAAAAGAAGGCAAUUUUAGAGUUGCAAACCAUUAUCAUAACCAUCACAAAAAAUAUCAACGACAUGCCAUACCUACAUGCCUUUUGGAUGCAGCGAGGUGGCUAUUUGCUGCAAUUGGGAUAUCCAGAGCUUUCAGCUGCUGAUGCUUACAAGUCGAUUCUACUUUGUAAUGCCGGGUUAGACUACACAUCAUCACUAGGCGAAGCAGCACGUUUCGACACUGCAAUGCAUACCUUGCUCGUUGAUGACAUGAUCUGGGGACUUGAUGAGGACGGUAUCAGAAAUUUUGUCGAUGGCAUCAUCGCAAUAACUCGAAAGAACAGCUAUAUCACACUGGUACAGGCCAUGAUGGAAUUGUCAGCAUUCCCUGAAGCCAUCAAAACCUGUAUUGAAGCAAGCCAUCUUCAUGCUUCGGACUCGGCCGAAUUCGAUGACAUUCGAAGAGCGGCUCAGUUUCAAUUUGACAACCACGCCAGGAUCUACAGCCAGCAAGAAUCCCCGUUUUAUGAGAAGAAAAGGCUCCUCAGCUUCGGCAGCUAUUACGUCCGUAUUUAUCCUUGGCUUCCAGCUGAGUACCGCUCCAGAAGCGCAGCCUCCAUACAAGAUGCCAAUCAACAUCUCAAAAAGGUCUCGACCUGUUUGGAGAUUCGCUCCUCAUCCGUUGGCGGAAGAGCCAUCAAUCAAGAUGAAUUCUUGUGUUGUGGUGUCUUUGCAACCAAACGGAUCGCCAAAGGCCAGACUAUCAUCAGUGAGAAACAUCCAUUUGCAGUGUCUUUUGAACAGCCCGAGGUUCAUUGUGGGAGCUGCUUCACAGAUCUGACAUCGUGUGCAACCAUCCAUAGCCGCGAAUGCUGCUCCGUUUACCGAUACUGCAGCUCUCAUUGUGAGAAAAUCGCCCGCUGUUACCACUCUGCUAUCUGUGGCAAGUCUUUCUCGGAAAUUCUGGAAAUCGCACACACUUCAUAUGGAGGGAAGUGGGAGGGCAAAGGAUAUCCAGAAGGGAAAACUGCCCUGAGCCACUACACUGGCUGGACGGACAAGACGGAACGUGAACGUGAAGAUGAUGACUAUCGCUUCGCGUUUCCAGACCACACGCCGGUAUUCUUGACCCGUUUCCUCGCCAUGAUCAUUCAAGCAGGCUGCGAACCCCUUGAACAUCCAGUGAUCUCCCCUCUGAUGCCACACGAGUCAUCGAAGAUGAUGUGGUCUCUCAAUGGAAUGGUCUCAGGACCUAUCAAGGCAUUGCAGAUUAUUGGCGUCGAUAUAUUUGCUGAUCGGAGAUUUGACACUUGGAUCCUUCUCACCAUGUGGAACCGCAUUAAAAAUAAUUGCAUGGGCUCCGAUAUUGGUGUUCCAAACAAGACCUUCUCCCCAAGUUACAGCUGGUUCAAUCAUAGCUGUUCCUACAAUGCCGAAAUGGUCGUCCCAAAGUCGGAGUUGGCGUGCGAUGUGGAAAUCAAAGCCGUGAAGACAAUUCAGAAAGGAGAAGAGGUCUUCGUGACAUAUGUUCCGACGGAGACCUUGGCGUUGAAGAAGAGCGAAAGGCACAAAGUCUUGAGAUCGUGGUUCGGUGCUGCAUGUUUGUGCCAGAGAUGCCUGAAGGAGCAGUGA